AUGUUCUCCUCAUCUGUGCCGUCCAUUUGCUUUAAGAUCAACGCGUCGUGUGUGAUCGAAGAUCACGGAUCUCAAAGCAAACGAGGUCGUCUCUUCGCGCUUUGGUUCCAGAGUCCUCUGCUCCUCCUCGACGGUGCUCUCGGCGGCGGCAGCGGCGGCGGCGGCGGUGCACGGCGAUCCGGCUUCCUUCCAUCGAUGGAUCGCCUCCAGUUCUUCAUGCUCGCCUUUCCGAUCUUUCUCUUGUGCUCCGAUCUUGUCAAUCUCUACUCCCGCCCGCCACCUCCUCGUCCUCCACCUCCUCAUUCCUCUCCCAAUCUCGCCGACGUUCACCGUCAUCAUCACCACCACCACCACCAUCCAUCACCGGUGAACCCUCAAGUUCCCGAUUUCUCAUCCACUCAGGUCUCCUCUACUUUUGGUAAUGGAUACGAUUCCACUAUUGAAUUCAAGUUCUGUGUCUCCUGCUCUUACAGGGGCACUGCAAAUUCAUUGAAGCAAAUGCUGGAAGAGUCUUUUCCUGGGAUUAAUGUUGUUCUUUCAAAUUACCCACCUUCAUUACCGAAACGGGUUUUGAGCAAAGUAUUCCCCAUUGUUCAAGCAGGAUUUAUUGGAAUUAUAGUGGCAGGUGAACAUAUACUGCCACGGUUGGGAAUUUUGAACCCUCCUUCAUGGUACUUCUCUUUGCGUGCCAAUAAAUUUAGAACUAUUGCAUCAAGCUGGCUUCUGGGCAACUUUCUGCAAUCAACCUUACAAAGUUCUGGUGCAUUUGAAGUUUUCUGCAACGGUGAAUUGGUCUUCUCUAAAUUGGAGCAGAAAAGGUUUCCUGAUGCGCUGGAGUUAAAAGACCUGAUUGGCAAUAGAUUACCGUCAUCUGCAUUUGGGAAGAACCUUAAUUGGUCCUAGCUGCUUUGAACUUUGUUACCUGCCAUCAAACCAAUUGAAGUUCAAAACUUUCUGGAAAUAAGAAUCUAUUGAAUUGUGGAAAUUCAAGCCAUCCAAAUUGACCAAACAAGAGCAAAGUGAAUCCUACUGAUUGCUGUAUUAGUUUAAAAUAUUAGUUUGGUGACUUAAUUCUAUAUUUUAAUGAUGGUACUUUUAACUUUGUCUGAUGAACAUGUUGUUUUGCCAUGAAAGCUGCCAAACUUUUGGAAAACUUUUAUAACCUUUGGUUGGCGUUUUUUUUUU